UUUCCAUUUUCUGGCCAAGUAGUAUGCAGACCUGCAGUGUGAUUCUCCACAAGACAGGGAUUUUGAAUUAGCCACUUCUACAUUUGUGUUGAGCCAAGAGAAGAACCCAACAUGGAGUUUGUGAUAAGCCUGCGAGCCUUCAACAACGUGGGUGACGGGCAACCGGUGUACCAGCAAGUCCGCACCCAGCCAGAGGAGGAGGAGGUGGUGGCACCCACGCUGGACCCGGCGGUGUGGGUGAAGGCCGUGGUGCUGACGCCCUUCACCGUGGUGCUGCAGUGGGCGGACACCAUGCUGAGCCAGAACCAGUACAACAGCUGCACCACCUUCUCGUCCUCAUCCUCCAGCCGCUACGUCAACGCCACGGAUGUGACCUGCCUCAUUGACAGCCUCAAGCCAUCAACAGUGUGUGAGUUUGCUGUGAAGACCAUCAGGGUGAGACCACAGUGCUGGAAGCCUUCGUUCUUCUUUCAGUAAAUAUUCACUCAGUCCUGCAACACUUCUCAAGGAAAUCCUGCACAGCUGAAUCCUUGCUGUGAUGAGGCACAGAGAAAUUAUGACUCAUAGGGUGAGCUAUUAUUAGUGUUUGAGAUAUUGAUUUUUUCAUUGACCUUUUGCAAAUACUUAAAAAUGAACCUUACAUAAUGGUAUUAGAAACAGCACAGCAGGGUUGGCAAUGAUUUAAUCAAAUUGAUUUAAUCAAAUGAUUAAAUCAUUGAUUUUAUUUGUAUUUUUUCUGAGUAAAAGUAUUCCAUAGGUUAAAUGAUGUGCUCCAAAGAUGAUAAAGUAAAACAACCUAUUCAUGUGCAAUGAUUCAUUUAUUCUCUUCAAAGUAUAAAAAAAAGAUUCCUACAUUAUUAUAUCCUCCUGCGCUAAUGUUGCCAACUUGACAUGUUUUUUACUAGGUAAAAAAUCAGCCUCCUUUAGUCUUUACUAACUUGGCUGGCAAUGUAUCAUAAUAGCAACCAAGGUUUGCAACCAAACUGUAACAGAAUAGAAGUAGAUAUUCUUCUGUAUGGUAAUAAUAUAAUAUUCUGUCAUGAAAAUGACAACUUCAGGCAACUCUAUCUGUCCUAAACCUGCUCCUGUACCAACUACAAACAAGUACUGAACAAGUAUGUAUCUGGAUCCUUGACUGUGCUCAGACUUACAGGCCUAAACUUAAACUUAAAGUAACCUAUGGAAACUUAUGAAUCAC